UAGUUGAAUAUGGCGACACCAAUCUAGACAUUGUUUCGUAUCAACAAUAUCUAACAUGGCGACAGCCAGUUUUUCAAAGAAUAAGUCUUCGCAACGAUCCAGAGUCUUACAAAUACCGGGAACGAAACCGUCACUAUUCAACCACCAACUUCUAGUGUCCUCCGGAGUACCAUCGUUCGAUAACCUCUUGGGUGGCGGCAUUGCUGUUGGUUCCUUGGUAUUGAUUGGUAAAUAUAUCUCUUGUUAUUUGUUGUCUUGCAUCAUGUUGAUAGGAGGGCUAAAACUGAGUUUUGCUAAAGAGUAUUACCAUCAUAUGAGCCAUGAACUACCGAAACCUAUUGUUGAUGAUGUCACCCCGGCACAGUCAAACAUGAUGCAGACAGAUGAAAUGAAGAUAGCUUGGCGUUACCAACAUCUUAAUAAAUACCAGUCCAAUCCCACAACGGUCAAGUUUGGUCAUUACUAUGACCUUAGCCAAUAUAUGGAUGAAGACUUGGUGUCCAGUGCUGAUGUAACACUCAUCACUUCACAACAACUCUCUCAGCAACAUUUACAUGUGGAACCACCAGGUAUUGAACCUAAAAACCUUGAGGUGUCAGCCUGUCUACAGUGUCUUCUUUUGAAUAUUCAACAACAUAUCCAAGAUGGUCAGUUUGGUACUCAGGACCAGCCUGAGAAACACAAUGUCCUAAGAAUAGCAAUCCCAUCUUUGGGUUCUCCACUCUGGGGCAAUUUAAAGACAAGUGAAUCAGAUGGUUUACUAUCUGUAGUUGACACUGACCUUCUGCGCUUCCUACUUGCUUUAAGGGCCAUUUUAAGAUCAUCCUUUGCUGUGUGUAUGGUAACUGUACCUUCACUCAUAAUGGAGGAUGCUAAUUUUAUCCACAAAAUUGAACGACUCUGUGAUACUGUUGUGCAUUUGGAGAGUUUUGCUGGUUCCAGCCGCAGCGAGAACCCUUUGUAUAAAGAAUAUCAUGGUUUGUUCCAUGUUAAGCAAUUACCAAAAUUAAAUGCAAUCAGAUGCCAAAUGCCAGACACAACAGACUGGGCUUUUAAACUGAGACGUAAGAAGUUUGUAAUUGAGAAACUUCAUUUGCCUCCAGAUCUCUCUGAAACAGUCAGCCGAUCAGAAAGCCGACCUGGAAUUAUGGGAUGUGGUAGCACUGGACAUCGGCAUCUUGACUUCUAAAAUUUGAUUGUUCAUGAAGAUGGUAUGGAAACAGCUACUGGUGUUUGUUGUGAUGAUGAUGGCCAUCACGUUGACUGUAGUCCAGAAGUUUUUCUCACAUACGCCAUUGAUGAUGUAACACCGUUAUCUCUUUAUUGUCAAUACCAGGACUAUAUUAUGGCCAAUACACUAAUAUCAGCACAGUAUCAAGAUUAGAUUUGGUAUAACGAUCUUGGGGUAGUCUUUUACAUAAUUUCAAAUGUAAUCGAGAUGUCAGAAUUGUUUCCCUUGCCUCUUACAUCUCGCUAUUAACUCUGUUCAGCUCUCUUCACUAAAGGGAGAGAAUUGAGAGAAAUUUUCUCCCCCCCCCCUCAUGUUAAGUGUGUUCGUGGCUGACCAGACUACAUCGAGAUGAAGUGAUGUUGUUUUAUGGGCUUUCAGCAUUAUUUCUAAAUAUAUAAGAAAGAACUGGUCAGUGAAAUGUGUCUUCUAUAAAGAUGACAUUAAUUGAUAUGCAAAAAAGAAAAAAUAAUGAUUGUUAUUAAGUAGAACAAUUCAUAUAAGACAUAUAGACAUUUCUAUUUAAGUUUAAAACAUCUGUUUGUCUGUCUGUCUGUAUAUAUGUAUGUAGGUUAACAGUUCAGGCAUUGUAUUCUCAUCUGAUGAUUGUCGUUUAGAAUAUGAAACAAAAUCCUAUAGGGUGAACGAUAACAAACACAUCGAAUAUUUGCUCUACCCGGGUAUUGAGUUCUCCUUUACUUUGUUCACCACAUAUCUGGAUUCACAAACAAAGACACUACUGACUACACACACACACACACAUGUGAAGGCACGUGGCCUAAUGUUUGUCUUGUUGCCCUCACAACUGCAAGAUUAUAGAUUCCAUUUCUGGACUGAGCAGUGUGUUGUUUUCUUGAGCAAAACACUUCAUUUCACGUUGAUUUGAAAUCAUCUUGACAUCUGGCAUGUGGCACACUGCGCCUGUACAGGCAAAAUCGAUUUGAUGGAGGGAGUGAGCUAAUGCACAAUGCAAACAUUUGAUCACUGUAAAAGUACAAGUCAUCUGUGCAGGUUGUUCAGCAAGGAAUUGCAGGACUGUUGCCUGUUGUUUAUGACAGGACUGUUCACUAUACAUACAAAGACACACACACACACACACACACACACACGCAGAU